AAGUUUUACUGAAUCACCGACAAAUUUGCGCAAGCGCAAUAUCUACUUCCUGUUUACAUUCGUUACAAAAAACUUUUGAUUCUUUUUCUUUUUUUACCGCAAUCAUCGGUUCAUUGAUAUUCCCGUUAAAUCAAGCUUACCUUUGUGGAAAACAUGGCACUUCCUACCAUGCCCCACUACUGGACUACCAGAAAAAAUUUGUAUGAACAGAAUAUUGUACGCCGUAGGAACCAGGACACAGACUUCAGAGAGAAAUGGUCAAAUACAGCAAAUUAUUUCCUGAAAAAUGAUGUAGAAAUGACCAAACAGAGGGCGUGGGAGUCAGAAGAUAGUAUGCAAGACAGUAUACAUGCAUACAGAAAAGGAAAGAAAGAAGAAGAAAAGAAAAAGAAUCUUCAAAGACGAAGAAUGAAACUGGCACAAAUGCUCAAAGAGGAAAGGGAUCAGUAUGAGGCUGAACUGAAAGGAUAUUCCAGGGACAACUAUUCAAGACUUGGCGAGAUGAAGGAGCGGGCAGAAACACUCAGAAGUGCACGAGAGGAGAAACGGAAAAAUAUUGCACAGGAAAAACUGUAUGAACACUGGAGACAGAAUAAUCCAGACAUAAGGAAGAUAGAGUCAGAGCAGCUGAAAGAUUAUGUAGUGGGAAACUGGCCAGCUCAAAAACAAGAAAAGGAAGAAAGAUUAGAAUCGGCGAGGAAAGAAAAGGAAGAAUAUGAACAACAGAUGGAAGAAGAAAGGUUGGCAGGUAUUGCAAGAGACAGGCAAAAGAUGGAAGAAAAAAUAGAGGAAGAAAGAAAACUGAAAGAAAAGUUAAAAGAACAGAUGUUAGAAAUCAGAGCUAGAGAUACUGAGGCCGAGAUGUUAAAAAAAGAAGAAGAAGAGUUAGAGAAACAACAGUGGGAGCUAGAAAACUUGGAGGAGGAGAGAAAACAAAUGGAAGAAAGAAGAAAAAAACAAGAUUUUGGGAGGGUAUUGUUACGCCAACAUAUUGCACAAAUGAGACGUCAUUCAAAACAAGUACAAGAAGAACUGGAGUUAGACAGAAAGAUUUUAGAAGCCCUGGCUGAGAAAGAAGCAGAAUUACAAGAAGUGCAGACAGCAAGGAAAGAAAAGGCAAAGGCUGAUGCUUCUUGGAUGAAAAAGGUAAUAGAGGAUCAGAUUCGUGUGGAGAAAGCACGAGAGGCUGAGUUAGAUCUUCUCUACCAAGAUGAAGCAGCACGUAUGUGGCAGAAGAGAGAAGCAGAGUGGGAGAAAGAGCGACGGGCAAGAGAAAGGUUGAUGAAAGAGGUUCUGGAAUCAAGAACAGAACAGAUAGAGGAGAGAAUGGAGGCAGUGAGGUUCCGUCACGAGGAAUCAAUUAAACAGCGGGAACAGUUGUUGAGGGAACUAGAGAUAGCCAAUCAGCUGACACGUAGGGAUCAGGAGAAAAUUGAGGCAGACAGAGAACAGCUCAAACAUGAUCUCAAACAACAGUUGACAGCACGGAAAGUGGAGGAGGAAGACAUGAAGUUGCGGUUACAGUUGGAAGAAGAUGAGGAGGAGAAAGCUGACAAAGAAUAUGAGGAAUUUUUACGCCAAGAAACAGAAAGAUUAAAAUUACGUGGUUUUACUCCCCGACACCACGGGAAGCAAGCAUGGAUGUGACGAAACAGGAUUUAUUCAGAUUCUUUUAGAUACAAAAUGGACUGGCUGACCUUCUGAUGACCUCCUUUCUACAGGUGUUAGAUAUUUAAGCAGCACAGUACAGUAUGCUAGAUGCUGUUGUACCUGUGACCUGUCACAUUGCCAUUGACGUAAAGGUGUUUUCAGUGACAGGUUGAUCUGCUUUAUCCUGGACCGGCAAAGUGGAAUGAGCAACAUACAUAAGUUUGAUCCUAGCAUAACCAUUUGUCUCAAACAUUAGCACCGAAAAAAUAAUGAAAGUGUAAAGUUUUGAGCUAAUAUUACUGUGUACCGGCAUAUUGACUUGUUUUCCAAUUUUACAAAGGUCAUUUACCGGUCAGAUGAUCUUGUACUAGUUGGGAAUCUUUUCAGAAGAGACUGUACGAAUAUUAAGCAGGAAAAGCUAUAGAGCUGAGACUCUAAGGUGGUCCUGUGAAUAAAAAAUAUAAAUAUAAUAUUUAUUUUCCUGGGUGUCAAGACUGAUCUUUUCUAUGAUAUGUUUGAAGAAAUCAGUGAUUUCUGUUCGACAUGCACAGUUACCACAAAUUCAAAUCAUCUCAACUUUGAAUGAAUUGUCAUAUGUAUACACUGGAUUUUAGCAAUCAGUUGCUUACAUUGGUCAGCCUUAGCUGACAUUUAUAUGGCACCAUGAUAUUAAUUUUUCUAUAUAUUUAGUAGAACAUCGACUCCUGUAAAAUCAGCAUUUUUGUGCAAGUAUAUAUUAUGCUAUAUUACAUACAUAUAGGCUUGCCAGUCAAUUGUCAAAACCACUGCAUGAAGUCCGAGGGCAAUAGUUCUGACUAUUGACAGGUUAGCCAUUAAAUGUCAUCAGAAAUUAAUUUUCACAGUUUCAUCUUUAAAUUUUUGACUUAAUAACCCGGUAAAAGUAUGUUGAAUAUAAACUGGUCAUACAGCACAAACUGGUGACUGGCUGUUUGUUAAAGGAGUCGUGUAAUAAUCACAUACGAUUUACUUGAAAACAAGUAUUCGCAAAAGUGUUAUUACUGCUAUAAGUAGACCUCAAGUUGGACAUAUAUAUAUUAUACCAGAUUUAUAUAGCGCCCUUUUUCAUGAUAAAACUCGUUCAAAGGUGCUUUAAGUAGUGCUAUUGCAAAAUAUUCCGCCACAUUAGCUUAUCAGUUUUGAUUACGGUAUAGCAAACUUUAAGCCUCAUAAAAUUCUAAUUUUACAAGAAAUUCUGUCAUCUUGAUGGAAACAUAGGGUAAUUGUAAUUGACACAAUGAGUAAUACAUGGUGUAGAGCCAAUUGCCAUUUUAAUUGUUGCUAGGAGAAUAUAUAUGUUGUAGAUAUUAAUAUUUUUUGCACAGUUAAUGUUGAUGUAUUCAUUUUUCCAUGUUGAAUCUUCAGUUUCUAGAUAUGUGAUAUGCACAGCUGAAGAUUUAUGCCAGCAAAGUUUAUUUAUUUUAAUUUUAUUUCAUUAUUUUUAUUGAAAAAUUUGAAAAUAUAUUAUGUGAAAC